AUGUACGUCAUCAAGCGCGAUGGUCGUCGUGAAGACGUCAAGUUUGAUAAGAUAACGGCGCGUAUUACAAAACUCUGCUAUGGUCUUAAUCCAGAUUACAUUGAUGCAAUAAAGAUAUCGCAAAAGGUUGUGGCCGGUGUGUACCCUGGUGUCACGACAUCCGAGCUGGAUGAACUUGCUGCUGAGACAGCUGCUUAUCAGAGUACCCAGCAUCCUGAUUUUUCUAAAUUAGCAGCACGUAUUGCAGUAUCUAAUCUACACAAGAACACAAAUAAAGUCUUUAGUGACAACAUUGAACUCUUUCACAGGAAUGUUCAUGAAAAGACAGGCGCAGCUGCUCCACUUGUAGCUCCUGAUGUCUAUGAGAUUGUCAUGAAACACAAAGAUGAAUUGAAUUCUGCCAUUAUAUACGACCGGGACUUUGAAUAUGAUUAUUUUGGUUUUAAAACACUUGAGCGAGGAUAUCUCUUUCGUGUGAAUGGUAAAGUCGUCGAACGACCACAGCAAAUGAUUAUGCGUGUUGCAUUAGGAAUUCAUAAGAGCGAUAUUCAAGCAGCACUUGAGACCUAUGAACUCAUGUCUCAAAAGUUUUUUACCCAUGCAACGCCAACGUUGUUUAAUGCUGGAACGCCACGUCCUCAAUUAUCCUCGUGUUUUCUAUUAGCCAUGCAAGAUGACUCGAUUGAAGGCAUUUAUGACACAUUAAAACAAUGUGCAUGCAUUUCAAAGUGGGCUGGUGGUAUUGGUAUUAGUAUGCACAAUAUACGAGCGACUAAUAGUUACAUUCGUGGAACUAAUGGUUCCUCGAAUGGGAUUAUCCCAAUGUUACGCGUUUUUAAUGAUACAGCUCGAUACGUUGACCAAGGUGGAGGAAAACGGAAAGGGUCGUUUGCUAUUUACUUAGAGCCAUGGCAUGCCGACGUGUUUGAGUUCUUGGAUCUUCGAAAAAACCACGGCAAUGAAUUGCACCGAGCGCGUGACUUGUUCUACGCACUGUGGGUUCCUGAUCUGUUUAUGAAACGGGUGGAAGCCAAUGGCAAAUGGAGUUUAUUCUGUCCAAAUGAAGCUCCUGGUCUCUACGAGUACUGGGGAGACGAGUUUGAGACGCUUUAUGAAAAAUAUGAGCAGGAGGGACGUGCUCGCAAGACAAUCAAUGCGCAGCAGUUAUGGUUUGCCAUCUUGGAUGCGCAGAUUGAGACAGGUGUACCCUUUAUGCUCUUCAAGGAUGCGGCCAACCGUAAGUCCAACCAGCAAAAUCUUGGCACGAUCCGAUCCAGCAACUUAUGCUGUGAGGUGAUGGAGUACACGUCGCCGGAUGAGGUCGCUGUGUGCAACUUGGCGUCUGUGGCUCUGCCGAAGUUUGUAGAGGAUGGUGUCUUUGACUACAAGAAGUUGUAUGAGGUGACCAAGGUGGUCACGCGUAACCUAAACAAGGUCAUUGACGUCAACUACUACCCAGUUGAGGAGGCUCGAAAGUCCAACAUGCGCCACCGCCCUGUGGGCAUUGGUGUUCAGGGUCUAGCCGAUGCUUUCAUUCUUAUGAACUACGCGUUCGAAAGUGAGCAGGCUCGUGAGCUGAACAAGAAUAUCUUCGAGACCAUUUAUUAUGCGUCGAUGGAGACAUCCAUGGAGAUUGCCAAGGAGCUGGGUCCGUACGAAACAUUUCAUGGCUCCCCGGCCAGCAAGGGUAUCUUUCAGUUCGACAUGUGGGGUGUCACGCCUUCCUCUGGUCUCUGGGACUGGGCGACCUUGAAGGAAAACGUGAUCAAGUACGGCAUUCGCAACUCCUUGCUAGUGGCUCCUAUGCCUACUGCAUCGACUGCCCAGAUCCUAGGCAACAACGAAUCCAUUGAGCCGUACACGUCCAACAUGUACAACCGACGUGUGCUUGCUGGUGAGUUCACAAUCGUAAACAAGCACCUGAUGAAAGAGCUGAUCGAUCUUGGUAUCUGGACACCGGAGGUACGUAACAAAAUCUUAAAUGACGGUGGUUCUGUGCAAAAGGUGAAGAGCAUUCCGGACCAUAUCAAGGAGAAGUACAAGACAGUGUGGGAAAUCAAGCAAAAGUUGGUAUUAGAUCUGUCGGCUGACCGCGGUGCUUACAUUUGCCAGAGUCAGUCACUGAACAUUCACAUUGCCGAUCCAACAAUCAGUAAGCUCACUUCCAUGCACUUUUACGCUUGGAAGAAGGGGCUUAAGACGGGCAUGUACUACAUGCGCGGGCGUCCAAAAGCCGACGCUAUUCAAUUCACCGUGGACAAGCAGGGCAUUGACCUGCAGCGUGUUAAGGAGGACAACAAGGCUGCCGUAGAGUCGAUACCAGUCGCUGUGGUCGAGAAUGUAAGUCGAGCAGGCGACGAUGAGGAUGACUGCCUGGUUUGCGGUGCCUAA